GGAGAACGUGUAGAGACCUGCCACCGGGUCGUAGUGAGCGUCCAACCACUUCCCUCCAUCACCACUCACUUCAGACAUGUUGAGACCAAAUCCAGCGUCACACACACAUCAACAGCGGAAACCAGAAGGUUCUCUACAGAUAAUGAGUUCUUGUUUAGCCGGGAAACCGGAGAGAUUGGGACCAGUGGAGGUGGAAGACAUAAGAAGAGCUCUUCAUGGAGACUUUUCUGCUCAACAACCACAGGACAGUGAUCAGUCCCAGUCAGAGAACCUGCAGGUUUUCCUGAGAGUGAGACCCUUCACUGCGUCAGAGAGUGACAGUGGAGAGUCACAGGAGUGUGUAACCAUCGAAGGAUACAACACCGUUGUCCUGAAAGCACCUAAGAGCUGUCAAUCUGGCCGUCAGAGUGACAAGUCCCUCCCACAGACAGCGCAGAAGUUCACCUUCACACAGGUGUUUGGUCCAGAGGCCAAACAAAAGACAGUGUUUGAGCAUUCUGUCCGUGGACUGGUCCGAGAUGUUCUGGAUGGAGGAAACUGUCUGGUGUUCACCUAUGGAGUUACCAAUGCUGGGAAAACCUUCACCUUCCUCGGUCCGGAUCAUGACUCGGGUCUGCUGCCCCGCUCUCUCUCCGUCAUCUUCAACAACAUCGAGGGUCGUCAGUAUGAACGCAGCGACCUGAAGCCUCAGCGCUGCAGAGACUUCACAAGACUGACGCCAGACCAGCAGGUGGCAGAGAGCAACAGCAGGAAGAACCUGCUGAGACUGUUCAAAGAGAGUGACAAAAAUCUUUCGUCAGGAAGAUCAACGAUUCUUGAAGGCUCAUCCCUCAGCAGCGACAGCAGCCUGAACAGCGUCUCUGACGACAGUUUCUGUUUAGAUGUAGAUUCCAACGUGCGCUUUUCUGUCUGGGUCUCGUUCUGUGAGAUCUACAACGACAACAUCCACGACCUGCUGGAACAGGUUCCCGGAGGACACCACAAGAGGACAGUGCUGCGUUUGUCUCAGGAUGUCAAAGGAAACUCUUUCAUCAAAGACCUGCGCUGGGUUCAUGUGACCAGCUCUGGAGAGGCCUACAAAGUGAUGAAGAUUGGCAAGAGAAACCAGAGUUUCUCUGCCACAAGACUGAACCAGUUGUCCAGCAGGAGCCACAGCAUCUUCUCCAUCAGGAUCAUGAGGGUGGAGGACGGCAGCAUUCCCAGAGUUCUGGGCAUCAGCGAGUUGUCUCUGUGCGACCUGGCCGGUUCAGAGCGCUGCUCUCGGACUCAGAACACAGGAGAGAGACUGAAGGAGGCAGGAAACAUCAACAAUUCUUUGCUGACGCUGGGGAAGUGUAUCAAUGCCAUCAGACUCAACCAGAACAACAAGGUGCAGCACCACGUUCCCUUCAGAGAGUCCAAACUCACCCACUUCCUGCAGUUCUUCUUCUCUGGUGCCGGGCGUGUCUGCAUGGUCGUUAACAUCAACCAGAACGCCUCAUGUUUUGACGAGACGCUCAACGUCCUCAAGUUCUCCGCCUUAGCUCAGAAGGUGGUGGUGUUGAACGCAAGGCCCGUGGUUCCAGACGCCUCCUCCAACAAGUCAGCAAUGGAACUGUCGAUGGUCAUUGAUGACCAGGAGGGCAAAAACGUUACAAGGUGGGGCAGGAGGAGCUCAAUCAUGGCCUGGGAGACCACGCUGGAGGACGUGCUGGAGGACGAGGAUGAAGAAGAAGAUGAUAUGGAGGAGGAGGAGGAAGAAGAGGAGGAGAGCGUGCUGGAAGGAACCGUGCUGGAGGCAGGUGCUGAGGAGGAGGAAGAGGAGGACCGGACCAUGGAGGAAGAGCAGAAGUCCGGACACCAGGCGGCGCUGCGUUUGGUUCUGGAGACUCAGAUCAGAGAGGAGGUCAGUGCGGAGUUCAUGGAGCUGUUUAGAAACAUGCAGAAAGACUACAGCGAGCGUCUGGAGAGGGAGAAGGAGAUCUUGGAGGAGCGAGCAGAGAAAAGACUGGAGAUUCUGAAGAACCUGUUCAACAAAACUGUCAACCAAUCAGCUGAUGAGAAGGAGAGUGACAAGGUCACACACACAUCACCACCUCAGGACACGGCUGUGUUGGAGAGGCUGAUCAGCUCCAUGACGGAAGACCUGGGCAAGAUCAGAGAAGAUGCUGAGAGUGUUCACCACUGUCUGAUGGAUGACACACACACCUCAGAGUUGGAGGCUCUGCGAUUGGAGAAGCAGCAGUCACAUGACCAGCUGCAGGAGGCCAAUGAGCGUUUGCAGCAGCAGCGACAGAAGCUGAUGGAGCUGAAGGAGAUGUGUCUGCAGAAAGAUGACAUCAUCACCAGGCUGCAGGCCGCCAUGGACCAGACGCUGGAGGACACAACCAGAGACAGAGCUCUGGUGGAGACUCUCAGGUCUGAGCUUCUGGACCUCAAGCAGAACUGCUGCUGUGGACGAGGGGAAGAGGAGAGCAGGAAACGCCCACGACAGGAUGCGGGCACUGAGGACACUGGACGCGGGGCCGAGAAGAGAGUGAUCCUGGAGGAGGAGAUCUGGAGGCUGCAGGAAGACAACGAGAGGAAGGAGGAGACCAUCGCCCAGCUGAGUGAGAGGGAGGCACAGCUGAGGAGGAGUGAAGAGGAUGUGCAGACAGAGUUGAGGAGGAGGGAGGAGGAGGUGGAGGAGCUAAAGAAAGAGCAGGCGUCGCUGCAGCAGAAGCUAACAGACCUGGAGCAGGAGGAGGUGUGUUCAAACUGCGCCUCCGUGUUUUCAUCCCUGGAGGCGGAGCAGAAGGAAGUUUCCAGACUGGUGAAGGAAAACAAAGCUCUGGUGAACGGGAUGUUCCAGCUGCAGAACCAGGUGAACAGUCUUCAGACGCAGCUCAGGGAGAAGCGUGAAAGCUGUGAUGGCCUAUCAGAACAGCUGGCUGCUGCAGAGUCCCGCCUCCAAAUAGUGCAAAACCAAUCAGACGAGAGGAACAGAGCCGUCGUCAGUCUGACAGAGGAGAGAGACAACCUAAAACAGGAAGUGACAGGGCAGGACGAGCGAGGCUCCCACACCUUCCACAGCAUCAUGGAGGAGCUGAGGAAGGAGAGUGCCGUGGCUCUGCAGCAGUCCACAGACAAAUCUGUGCAAAUUCAGGAUCUUCAGCAAGGAAGGAGUUGCCUGCAGGAGGCGCUGUCUCUCAGUGAAAGACGCUGUGCCGAGCUCACGGAGGAGCUGGCCAAUCAGAGAGCAGAAUUCAGUCGACUGAGGGCAGAGCUGGAAUCAGAGGGCAGAACGCUCCAAGGACGCCUGGAGGACAUGAGGGUGUCGGAGGAGGAGAAGAGAAGGGAGGAGGAGAGACAGAGGGAAGAGCUCCAGCGACUGUUGGCAGAGAAGGACAAACUUGUGUCAGAGACUCUGAGUCAGAUGGACACACUAAGACAAGAGCUGCAGGAGCAACAGAAGGAGAACAGGGUGGUGACAGUGGUGGAGGAGCUGAAGGAGGAGAUGAACAGACUCCAGGAGAGGAGGCGACUAGUGGGCAACAAGGAGGAGGUGGAGGAGGAGGAGGAGAAGAACAGGGAGUACAAGGCAGUGAAGAAAGAGAUCGAGAGGCUGCAGAGAGACAAGGUCACAGAGGUCACAAAGGUGGAUGUCCCUGUCUGUCCUCUGAGGUCCAACAUGACUGACAGGAAGAAGACCAAUAAAACCAUAGGGAGGAAGAGGAAGAGCAAUGAGGUAGAGGAUCUUGUUUUCAGUGAGAACAAGAGGAACAGGGUGAGAGAUAAAGUUGGCACCAAAACACCGUCCUCAGUCCCCAGUCCAGUGAAGGACAGGAAGGACGGAGCCUUCCAGAAGAUCGGAGACCUGCUCCACAGCUCGCCCUCCAUCCUCAGCAGCAAAGCCAAGACCAUCAUGGGUCUGGUCAGUGGACAUUCUGCGGAGCGGGAAACCAAACCACGCCGAGGACGGAGGAAACUUUACAAGGUGGACACGGUGUCUCCACUCUUCAAAUCUCCAAACACGGAGUCUACAGCAGCGGAGGAGGAGAAGGAGAGUGCUCACACCAUCAUCAGGAGACAGCUGCGCUCCAAAACCUGCAGGAAGUGACGUCACUGGGUGAUGACAUCACAGUUUUUUAUUAUUUGAUUCUUAAAUUGUACAGUUUUUGUCUGAAGAGCUUUUGUCGCCGGGAAGAAUAAACACUGACGGGUCUUUUUCAUUGGUUGAAAAUAAAUGUGAUGCCCCGCCUCCUCAUCGGCUUCAUUUUCAUGUAUGGUGCCUUGAAAGGGUCAAAAUAAUUUUUCUUGAUUAAAUACAACAAACAGAAAA